AUGACUCCCAUCAAGGCACCGAGGCUCUCGUCACUCCCGCUGGCAACGGCCUGGUGGCGUCAGCAUGGACUGGCAGACCGUCUCGACAGCUUUCGUGCCUGUCGUCAGCCAACCCCGCGUCAGCAACCGCUUCAGCGGACCACUGAUGGAGGCGUGUCACUGGGGUGGGCUGGCCUUUCGACAGGCACUAAGCAGUCUCUAACCUCAUCGCCCACCACGGCCACGGAUCGACCGCCAGAUCUGCCACUGGUUCUGGUGAGUGCUUGCUUGCUCAGCUACCCCAUCACAUACCGAGGUACCCACACGAGCCUCCCUGCCUUGCUGCGGCCGACGCCGCUACUGUUCCUCACGGAGGUGCUGUUCAAGGAGCUGGCCCUUGUGCAAUGCGUUCCUGUGUGUCCCGAAGUGCAGUGGUUGGGGCUGCCGGUCCCUCGUGUGCCGCUGCGGCUUGUUCGGGGCUCCCGAGGCACAGGCGACGCCCGCCAACGAGGCAACGGAUGGGCUGCGGCUCAGCACAGCUCAAGCGCGAUUUCGCCAUCCUUGUCCAUGGGCGCUUCGGAUAGCGUCGCUAUCAAAGAUGAGCGCGAGGUGCGGUACCUCGUCGAGUCAUCUGCCGAGGAUCAUGUCCUGUUGCGGUACGAUGCACCGAACGACACAUUCGCCGACCAGUCGCCGUCCCCCCAGCUUCACUCAGCGUUCCUUGCACAGCUCCUGCAGGACCUGAAAGCUGUGGAUGGUAUCAUUCUCAAGUCCUACUCGCCCAGCUGCGGGGUGCGGGAUGCCCGUCUCUACGAGGAGGCUGUCACGCCGCCGCCCUCGUCACUUUGUGAUCAGCACGUCUGCAACGCUUGUGAGCACACAGGCAAGCCAACGUCGGCGUCUUUCACUGGUCGGCGCCCCGCCGCAUCGACGAGUGCACAGCGCCGCUUCGACCUUGUCGACGGCUUCUUCACACAGCAGCUGCGCAACUUCCUGGCCUCGAUGCACGGUGUGGACGGAGGGCGAUGUGCAGAUGCCCGGUGCCACCCUGAGGCAGCAGUGCCAGUCAUCACCUGUGAUCGCCUGCUUACUGACUUCUACACCGAGGAACGCCUACGUCGAGUGCCGUUGGCCUGGAAAGUCAAGAAGCGGCGUGUCGCUGGGAACGCUUCGGAGGCGGCACCCCAUCUCACCUCACUGGACAGUUUCAUGGAGUCGGUGCUGCAGCAUCGAGACUGGCGUGUUUCGCAAGGCCGCUGCUAG